AGCGCUCUUCUCUCCGGCGUCUCUCUUCCACGACGACGAGGUCGGUGGAGAAUACUCAGCGGCGGCGGAGGGGAACGAGAGCGCGGCGGAGCAGCAGGUUCAUGUGGAGAGAAACCAUGCUUUUCCUGGAAUGGAAUGAAGCUUCUAUCACUCCGAGGUGGUCGCUCAUCGUCGGUUUCUUCCCCACGCCCGUCCGCCGCUUCCCCUCCGCGCCCCUCCGCCGACCCGAUGCCCGGCUCGGCGGACGCUCCAUUAGAGAUCCCGGAGGGGCGCCCGUCAAAGAAGGCGAAGAUAGCUGGUCCCGGGAGAGCUGAGGCGGGGGUCGCCUCCUCGAGAACCAAGGGCGCAAAGCGGACUGUCCGGGACGAAGGGCCUUCCCGAGCGGAUGGGCCCAGUCAAGGGGCGACCGGGAAGAGAUCGAGUCUGCCUACGGUGGGCGACCUGUGCGGGCUACGCACGGGGGCCGACAAGCCCCUAUGGUCGUUGGUGAUGGGCGAGCUUCCGCCGGGGGAGGCCUCCGACCCGCUAGUCGCCCGCUGGAAGGGGUUGUCCCGAGGGGACAAAGUGUGGGCCGGGGGAGAUCCCUCGGCCGCCUUUCUCCGAGGUGUGCUCCACCCCGACCUGGCUCGGGACCUGUACACCCUGCCUUCGGAGGCCAUGCUCAGCAAGGCGGGGCGGUUUCUGACACUGGGCCUCCACUACUCGACGGCGCUGAUGGACCGAGUGCGUGAUGCCGGCCAGGUAAUCUGGAACCUCAGCGAGUGCAACUCCGAGUUGUGCCACCAGCUAGAGGAAGUUCGGGCCGGGUCGGGCCCAGAAGCGGUGGCGGCCGCGGAGAAGCGCGCAACUGACUCCGAGGAGGAGGUGGCGCGUCUGAAGGCGGCGCUCGAGCAGUCGGGCAAUUCGGUUAAGGAACUCCAAGAGUUUCUUCGUUUGGAUCGGGCCGAGCUUCGCCUAUUGAAGUCGGAGGCGCUUGACCUCACCAAGAGGGUGGAGAAGGCCGAGGCUGAAGCCCAUGCUGCUGCCGAUGCUCUUGCCGAGGAGAUUCGCCUUCGCCCGUCAAAGGACAGAGAGGCGAUCGAAGCUUAUAAGAAGUCUGAGAACUUCGAGCUCGGACUGACCCGAAUGGGGCGAGUAUCCUACGAGUAUGGAUACAGAAUCGCCCUAGGUCGCUUUGGCUCAUGCCCUCCCGGCUCCGAGGUGGAAAGAGAUCCGUUCGCCUCUCAUCCUGUGGACCAGGAGGUGGACAUGCCGGAGGACGUGCCAUUCGACGACCGCCCAGAGACUCCAGGAGAGUGAUGAGUUUGAUUUUUGUAUGUCGGAGUCGGGGUUAGGGGUCAGUCUGUUCCUUGUGGUCGAGUCCCUGUACCUCUUUUGAAAUAAAGUGAGCUUUUUCUUCCGAUCUCUGGGUUUUCUGCCUCUUCAAACGAAGUAUUUUCUAAGGUUCUGUAUGUUCCAAGUCCUGGGUACAGGGUUGCCAUCCAUAGUAGCGAGUCGGAACGUCCCCGGUCGGGAUACUCCGAUGACCCGAUAGGGUCCUUCCCACUUCGGGGCCAGUUUCCCCCUUACUCGGGUCGGGUGGCUGACCUCAAUUUUGCGCAGGACCAGGUCCUCUAGCUUUAUCAGUCGAGGUCGUACCAUCCGGUUGUAGACCCUUGCUACGGUUCUCUUGUAAGAGAGGGUUUUUUGGUGCGCGUCGGCACGUCUCUCUUCGAGCAGGUCCAGGUUGGAUCGGAGCCCUUCACCCGAGGCCUCUUCGCUGUAGCUCGCCGUCCGCGGAGUCGGGACAGCCACCUCGGGGGGUAGUACGGCCUCGGUUCCGAAUGUGAGGCUGUAGGGGGACUCCCCUGUCGGGGUUUUAGGGGUAGUGCGUAGCGCCCACAGGACGCUUGGGAGCUCGUCGAUCCAAGCCGACCGGGCAGCGGAUACCCUUCUCUCGAGACCGUCGAUGAUGGAUCGGUUGGUUACUUCAGCCAGUCCGUUCACCUGGGGGUAGGCCACCGAGCUGAACUUUAGCUGAAUCUUGUGCUUAGCGCAAAACUCCUGGAAUUUCCCGCUGGCGAACUGAGGCCCAUUGUCGGUGACGAUGGACUGGGGCAGACCAAACCGAGUUACGAGGUUCCUCCAUACGAACUUCUCCACUUGUGACUCCGUGAUGGUUGCAAGAGGCUCGGCCUCGACCCACCUGGUAAAGUAGUCCACGCCUACGAUGAUGUACUUCCGCUGCCCGGAGGCGGGCGGGAGAGGUCCGAGUAUGUCCAGUCCCCACUGCGCGAAUGGCCAAGCACAGUCGACGGGGGUGAACAAGACCGCCGGCCGUCGGGCGAUGCGGGCGUGCUCCUGGCAUGAGCUGCACCGCCGCACGAAAGCUUUCGCGUCCUGGCGCAUGGUCGGCCAGUAGUACCCCUGUCGGAGUAUCUUGUGCGUCAGGGCUCGUUCGCCUAUAUGUUCCCCGCAGGCCCCUUCAUGCAUGUCGGACAGAACUGUCCGGGCUUCGUUUGGCUCUAGGCAGCGUAGCAAGGGGCGUGAGAAAGACCGCUUGUACAGCCGUCCUCCUUCAGAGUACCAUGCCUGCGUCCGGCGCAAGCGUCGAGCCGCUGUUUCAUCAUCGGGUAGGGUCCCGUCCCGCUUGAAGCGUAGUAUCUCCUGUACCCAAGUGGCCGGCCCGCCGUCCGUGACCGUAGUGACGAUCUCUAUGGCUCGGUGAGGGAGCUCUUCGGUCCCGGGCCGAGCACGGGGGGUCGAACCGGAUGCCAGUUUUGCCAGAGUGUCGGCUCGCUGGUUUUCGCUCCUGGGAACAUUCGACAAUUCAAAAUGGGCGAACUUGGUGGCAAGGUUUCUUACCCGUGCCAGAUAUUUCGCCAUGGUGGGGUCCCGGGCUUCGUAUCCGCCGUCAAGCUGCCUAGCCACCAGCUGUGAGUCGGUGACGACGCGUAUGUCGGUCACGCGCAUUUCCAGCGCCAAUUGGAGUCCCGCCAGGAGGGCUUCGUAUUCUGCUUCGUUAUUGGUGGCCCUGAAUCCGAAGCGGAAGGAACGCUCAAUCGAGCGGCCGUCAGGUGUCACCAGCACCAGCCCUGCGCCGGCGCCCUUCGUGUUGGCCGACCCGUCUACGUGGAGGGUCCACAUCUCACGCGGUGGCUCGAGUUCUUCGCCCGUGCUCGGGGUCAGCUCCGCGAUAAAGUCUGCUACGGACUGGGCUUUAAUGGCGGUCCGAGGUAUGUACCGUAUGUCGUGUUCGCCUAGCUCCACUGCCCAUUUGAGGAGACGCCCUGCAACGUCGAAUUUGGACAAAACAAGCCGAAGCGGUUGGUCGGUUAUUACCUCUAUCGGGUGGGCCUGGAAAUAAGGGCGGAGCUUUCGCGUUGACAGGACGAGCGCCAGUGCCAGCUUUUCGAUUGGCGGGUAGCGUCCCUCUGGUCCGCUUAGCAUGUGGCUGACAUAGUAGACCGGCAGUUGGUCGCCGAAGUUUUCCCUGACCAGAACCGAGCUGACCGCGUGCUGAGAGGCGGCGAGGUAGAGGCUUAAUUUCUCCCCCGGGGAGACUGACACGAGUCGGGGGAGGUUGGCCAGGUGUUGCUUCAUCUGCUCGAAGGCCCUUUCACAUUCCGCCGUCCAUUGGAAGUUUUUUGGAUCCUUCAAGGCCUUGAAGAAGGGGAGGCAGCGGUCUCCCGAUCGGGAAAGGAAGCGUGAUAGGGCGAUUAACCUCCCGUUAAGGCAUUGUAGGUCUCUGAUCGUCCGAGGGGGCUGCAUGUCAAUGAGAGCCUGGACCUUUUCCGGGUUGGCGUCAAUCCCUCUCUCGUGUAUGAUGAAUCCGAGGAAUUUUCCCGAGGUUACGCCGAAGGCGCACUUAGCAGGGUUGAGGCGCAGGCCGAACCUUCGCAGGGUGUCGAAUGUUUCAGCCAAGUCGGAAGGAUGAGUCUCGGCUGUUCGGCUUUUCACGAUCAUGUCGUCGACAUAUAUCUCCACGUUUCGUCCAAUCUGAUGGGCGAACAUCUUGUUCACCGUCCUCUGGUACGUGGCCCCGGCGUUUUUCAGCCCGAACGACAUGACUUUGUAAAAGUAUACCCCUUGCUCGGUGAGGAAGGUUGUGUGUUCUUGGUCUUCGGGCGCCAUCCUGAUUUGGUUGUACCCCGAGAAGGCAUCCAUAAACGAGAGACGGGCGUGGCCGGCUGUGGCGUCGACCAGCUGGUCGAUCUUUGGUAGGGGAUAGCAGUCCUUCGGACAGGCAUUGUUGAGACUGGUAUAGUCGAUGCACAUCCGCCAGCUUCCAUUAGGCUUUUUGACAAGGACUACAUUGGAGAGCCACUGUGGGUACCUGGUUUCUUCUAUGAAACCGGCCGCCAGAAGUCGGUUUACCUCUUCUCGGAUGGCAAGUUGUCGAUCCGGGGCCUGCCGCCUGGGCCUCUGUUUCACCGGGCGGGCAUCGGACGAGAUGUUCAGGUGGUGCAGCGCGACCUCUGGGUGGACUCCUAUUAGGUCCGAUGGCGUCCAAGCGAAGAUGUCGGCG